ACACUUGGCGGCUGAACCGGCACAGGUCAACUUCUCCGGUCCGCUCUUGCCUCGUUCGGCUCUCCUCCGCAACCAUGUCUGACAAACCCGAUAUGGCUGAGAUUGAGAAAUUCGAUAAGUCGAAAUUGAAGAAAACAGAAACGCAAGAGGAAAACCCCCUGCCUUCAAAAGAAAUGAUUGAACAGGAGAAGCAAGCUGGUGAAUCGUAAUGAGGCAGGCGUCGCCAAUAUGCACACUGUACAUUCCACAAGCAUUGCCUUCUUAUUUUACUUCUUUUAGCUGUUUAACUUUGUAAGAUGCAAAGAGGUUGGAUCAAGUUAAAAUGACUGUGCUUUCCCUUUUCACAUCCAAGAACUACUGACAACGAUGGCCAAACCUGCCUCUCCCACCCCUUGGCUGGCAGGGAAGGGAAAGAACUUGCAUGUUGGUGGAGGAGGAAGUUUGGUGGGAGACCACGUGAAAUCUAGAGUCAAAAUCCAGUUGGUCUAAGGUGGCCUGCAGGCGUAUUAAAUGUAGUUACAUCAGAGUGCCAUUUUUUUGUUCAAUGAUUUUAAUUAUUGGAAUGCACAAUUUUUAAAUAUGCAAAUAAAAAGUUUUAAAACCUGAAAAAAAUAAUAA